UCACAUGAUACGUAUUUUGUCAUAUGACACUGAUGAGAGGACUGAUCCCGCUGCGAGAGAGCGACUUCCACAGUGAAAACAAAGGCAGCUCGACCACUUGUCCGGGAUGAGAUGCUGUAGACGGACACUGGUCGGUGGUCGCACUCGAUAAUAUCCGGAGGAUGAUGGAGUGUCGGGGACUUCUGCCUCUUAUAGCCGCCGCUUGUUUCAUGGGCCUGGUGGGAAGCCAGACCACACUUACCCCUGCUGUGGUCAGCACCACUCUCAUCGAGAAUGUGACCAGUCUGACUGUAACUCCCAUGAUUCUCAGCAGCACGACCCCGGGCUGCUUCGCGUUCAACACUUCGACUUGCGAGCCUUGUGCUCCAGGAUCACAGUACGACAACAACACCCUGCUGUGUGCAUGCUGUUCUGACCCCGGGUUGUGUCUAUUUCCUGGAGCCUGCCUGGCAUGUGCCACAGGUUUUUAUCAGCCACUUGCAGGACAGCAGCAGUGUCUGCCCUGCAGCCGGGGCUCCUACACAAAUUUCACUGGAAGUCCAUUAUGUCACCCCUGCCCUGCUGGAUCCUUCAACAAUAAUAGUGGUGCAGACACCUGCACAAGUUGUUCAACAGGUUUCUUUUCAUCACAGCUGAGUUCCACAACAUGCGCACCAUGUGCAAGAGGAAGCUUUUGCAAAACAGAGGCUCUACAGACCGCUGCUAAAGACUGCACACCGUGUCGGCCAGGCAUGCACAAGGCCCCCCAUCAAACUAUGUGUCAGAUCUGUGGCAGUGGCUUCUUCCAGAUCCACUGGGGCCAGGAAAUCUGUGACGUCUGCCCAGAGAAUCACUACUGCCCUAGUCCAGAUGUGAACCCCAUUCUGUGUCCAAAUGAUGCCUUCUGUCCAGCGGGCAGUUUGGCUCCAGGCUACUGCAUGGAGACCUUCUUCCGCAAAUCAGGGGAUACUUGCGAGCUGGCUCCUGUCACUAUUGCUCUGUUAGUUAUUGGAGGUGGAGUUGCCUUGCUCUUCAUCAUUUUAAUGAUUCUGCGUCGACGGAGAGACACUGACGGAGAACUGACUGUUGCUCGAGCUCCAUUGUUAUGCAAAGAGCGGCCUCAAGGUCGAUACUAUGGCAUCCCCUGUGAUGGAGAACCUGUGUAUGCUGGCUGGUGACCCAAAGGACCUCAGUUUAGUGUUCGUACAGGAACGUCCCCGGUGGCCCAACAAACUGAAGUCUUAUUUCCCAUGUGGGUCUCCACUAAAGACAAAGAACAGACAGAGGAAGACUGACGGUAAAAUCCCUGGACGGUGCUUCGACAACCCACCAGCUUUUUGUAUGUUGUACAUUUUAAUAUAUUACCGAGAAACAGAAGUUUUGUGAAUUCUUGUAGUUUGACACUGUUACAGUUGUUUCCCCUCAGAGAUGAACACUUUCCUUUUGUAAAGUAGGUUAUUGGAUUAUCAGAGGUAUGCUGAAACGGUGUAAAUGACAUGCGUGCCUCCACUUGGUGGGAACGUCUCUCUCUUAUGAAAGCACUUUUUUCACGAAGGUAAUUGAUUUAUUUCGCACUCGUGUUGGUGGACUAGCGGGCGCUUCCGUUACCUUGUGUGGUUCCUCAGUGACAACGAUACGUAAAGCUGUGGUUGGGGCCUUGUGUGUUUUUUAAUGCGUUUGAUUUCAGUACGUCAUGUGUCUGUAUUUUCACUGAUAUCUUUGCUUAAAAUUUCCCUCUGCUUUUUUAAGGUUAUAUUUGUAUGUUUUAAAAGAAAAUAAAUAAAAAUGAUUAAAUGGA